AUGCAGCCACCAAAACCAAAUCCAAGUUUUGUAUCCCGCAAUCUGGUCACAAUUGUGAUGGUGCCAACAAUUAUUGCCGCUCACUGGGGAUGGAAUGCAAUGCAAAAUAACCGGUCUCUGGUGCAGGAACACGAGCAGAUUGAUUUACCAGUGGUGACAUUUGCCAAAUUUGUCUGGAGGAAAAUAAAUGGCGAAGAGACGGCUACCACCAAAAAGGAAUGA